AUGCAGCCUACUACCUCUGCUUUCUUCCUACUCGCAUUUACCACGGCGAGUCUCAACGCAGGACGCGUACCUCUACCCAUAGUCAAUACCCUCCAGAGUCGUGCGACGUACACCCUUCAAGAUAAUUACCAAGGGGAAGAUUUCUUCAACAAAUUCGACUUCUUCUCCGACCCUGAUCCCACACAAGGUCUCGUAGACUACCAAACCAAAACCAACGCGAUCUCGAAAGGCCUCGCGUUCGUUCAAGAAAACGGUGUCACUGUUCUCGCUGUCGAUAACAAAACUACAAUUGCUAGCGGUGCGAAACGGGCUUCUGUCCGCAUUGAAUCACAGAAACUGUAUGGGGAGGGUCUGUUCAUUGCUGAUUUUGAAGCUAUGCCGUUCGGCUGUAGUACUUGGCCCGCAUGGUGGUCUUAUUCAUCCAAUGAAUAUCCUGAAGGAGGCGAAAUCGACGUAAUCGAAGGCGUCCACAACCAGCCCUACAACGACCUAACCUUCUGGCGAGCCGGCGGAAGUUCCUGCACCUUCCCUCCUUCCUCUCUUUCCGGUGCCAAAGGCACAGUCAUCGAUCAAUCCAAAUGUUCCGAUACCACCGCCGACCAAAUGUCUUGUGGCUUCCAAGACGAAUCGCCCGGCGUCUUCGGUGCUGGGUUUAACAAGGCCGGAGGAGGUGUAUACGCUCAUCUCAUCAACGGCGAAGGGAUCUUUAUCUGGUUUUUCCCUAGGGGCGCUGUACCUAGUGAUAUAACGUCCAAGAACCCCAACCCGAGUACGUGGGGUGCCCCAGUUGCGCAGUGGAAGUCGGAUAGGUGUGAUAUUGUGGAACAUGUGAGGGGGCAUAAGUUGACGAUUAAUGUUACGCUUUGUGGGUCUUGGGCGGGUGAUCCGGAUGUUUGGAGAGACUCUGGGUGUUCGGGGAGUUGUCCGGGUACUGUGGCGGACCCGAAGAAUUUUGACAAUGCGCGAUGGAAGGUUAGGUCGAUUUCGGUGUAUCAAGAGGCAUGA